AUGAAGUAUUUACUUACAUUUCUCAUGAGCAUUAGCGCUCCACUUGUUGCUACACAUACUACCUUCACGACAAUCUAUAUCGACGAUGUCACCCAGGGUGAUGGAACCUGCGUUCGUAUGAACAUGAACGCGCAGAACAGCAGUUAUCCCGUUCCUAGCUUGUCCGGCGAUGACAUGGCUUGUGGUUUGAUGGGCGGAACAGCAGUGGCUUUCACGUGCCCUGCUACUGCAGGGGCCAAGCUCAGCUUCGAAUGGCGUAUGUGGGCUAAUCUUGAGCAUGAAGGCGCCCUUGAUCCUUCACACAAAGGUCCCUGCGCAUUCUAUGCGAAGCAGGUUAUGGAUGUUUCGAGUACUGCCGCCGCUGGGCCGGGUUGGUUCAAAAUUUUCGAAGAGGGUUACGAUGAAUCCACUAGCAAGUGGUGUACCGAGAAACUCAUCGACGCAGGUGGUAUAAUCAGUGUGCAGAUCCCCAACGGCCUGCCUUCGGGCAAUUAUCUGUUCAGACCCGAGCUUCUUGCCCUGCAAAAUGCCAACAUCGGCGAUCCUCAAUUAUAUACCGGCUGCGCGCAGGUCCAAGUGCAAGAUUACAGUGUCUCAAUUCCUGGUUAUGUCAAAGAAGGCGACGCUAGCGUGAGCUUCAAUAUCAAUAAACCCGUCUUCCCAUACCCGAUGCCGGGGCCAAGCGUUUAUGAUGUUUCCGCUAGCCCUGCAUUCUCAGUCCAAAGCGAUUUCCCCAACAUUACUUCUGUAAACGGCGCGACACUGGUCCCUGACAACUGUCUCAUCAAAGAGGCCAACUGGUGUGGUGUUGAAGUUGCCGACUACAGCACGGAAGACAGCUGCUGGAAAACAUGCUACGACUCUGUUCCGCCAACUGGAGCCAAGAACUGUAAGGUAUGGGAGACUAAGUGUGACGGCAUAAAGGAUUCAUGCUCAGCUGGCACCUUCAGUGGGCCACCAAACAAAGGCCAAGAACUCCAAGAUGCAGAGGUCAGAACCGGAGUGGUCAUACCCGCUGCCGACAACCUGGGAUCCGGCGAUGCAAGCAGUAGCGCGUCUGGUUCCGUAGCCAGUGCCACUGCUGGUGUGACCACUUCAUUCGCUACUGUCACGACGGAGAUUUCAAGGACCGCCAUAGCCUCCUCCAAGUACGAAACGACUGCGACCGCGACGAAAUCUUCCAAGUCGGUGGAUGAGACUGCUCCAACUUCGAGCAAGAGAAAUGGCAACGGCAGAAAGACAGCCUCCAGUGCUGGAAUAACGGCGGGUAUUAUCACUAUUGAGACUUCUUUGUCACCUGCUACUACAACCCCUUGUGAGAACAAGGUUCGCAGACGUCGAAAUGGUGGCUCAAAGAAGUGA